GCAUUCUUGAUAUAUCAGGUCAUCAGCAUUAUAGAAAUGGAAAGUUUGAAUUGUUAUACCGAACGAAAGGUCACCGGCCAAUUGGCCGGACUAUUGGGAUUUCUGUUUGGUACCAUUUACUUUGCAUUUCUAUGCUAUGUACAAAGUGAAAUAAGUGAAAUGUACCAAGAAACAAAUUUAAGUUAUGCGCAUUUGCAUCCGAUCACAUUACAUCCUAAUGUACUGUUACAAAUAAUUAUAAUUAAUAAAGCGAUGGUUUUAAUGUUUGCGGCUGAUAUACUGGCAACCAUCAUGUGGUUGUGGGGAAGUCUAAAAGGUAAAAAAGGAUUGAUGCUGAAGUCAUUGAUUCUUUGGGGUGCAUCCUUGAACCUGUGGCUGGGCUAUAUAUUUCUAUUCACAAUAGUAAUAAUAUUCAUUGGUCCAGAUCUGCAUUAUGUGCACUUUCAAAUUAUAUGCACCUCCGAAACUUUGAUUCCAUCUCUAACCGUGGUACUUGUACUCUUUUACAUUAUCUUAAUGUUGAUUUAUAAUGCAUUCGGAAAAGGUGUGGAAAAAAUCUUUAAAUGUGACUGGAAAUUAUAUGGACAUAUUGCUGGUUGGAUAAUGAUCGCAUUUAACGUUGGACAGACUUUACUAUUUUUUCCGGAUUCGCAUUAUUGGCAUUUCUAUCUGUAUAUAGGAAUUUUGCUACUUAUCUUAAAUUUGGUGGCGGCAUGGACUUGGCUGUAUGGAAUAAAUAAAUUCAAAAUAGCAUUCAUGCAGAAAGCACUGAUAUGUUGGUUGAUACCAUUCGGUCCUUGGAUCGGUAUCAUUAUUAACGAUAUAAUCGACGAAGCAUACAAUCCGCCAUUUCGUUGGAGCUUUAUUUGUAGUUCAAUUUAUUCAAUAACAUUAUUUUAUACGGGACUGUAUAUCUUUCUUGUAUGCAUUUCGAGACGAAUAGUAGCCAGUCACAGAAACGGACCAGAGAGAGAUCAAUUUAAUAUUACGUACGCACAAUAAAAAAAGAGUCUUACAGAGUCCGAAAAAUAAAGAGUCUUACAGGAGUAAGACGAACUUUUCCGCACGGUGGUAGUUGCGUAUUC